CGUAGUUUCAAUAAUUAUCCAAGUUCUUCUACCCCAUUUGAAUAAGGGACGUCUCCACCAAAAUUGAUUUUUGGUUCAUAAUUACAAAUUGGAGUAAGUUCUAUGAGAUGUAGUUAAUAAAUUGUUAAACGAAUGAAUUAUUGAAUUCCACAUCUGCGUUAACUUUCCACCUACUUGAUAGGCGUUAACCAAACUGUAAUUGCUGGACACUUGAAAAAAUCGAAAAUUUGAUUAGAAUAAUAAUGGAGAAAAUUGGUAAGCGAUUCACAGGCAAGGUAGCCAUAAUCACUGCUUCAACUCAGGGAAUCGGAUUCAGCAUCGCGGAGCGUCUUGGUCUGGAAGGAGCUUCUGUUGUCAUCUCAUCUCGCAAGCAGAAAAAUGUGGAUGAAGCGGUUGAGAAGCUUAAGAGUAAAGGGAUUGAAGUUUUUGGUGUUCCUUGCCAUGUUUCAAAUGCUCAGCAGAGGAAGAAUCUAAUUGAUUCUACUGUUAAGAAAUAUGGAAAAAUUGACGUGGUCAUAUCUAAUGCGGCUGCUAAUCCCACUGUAAAUGCUAUAUUAGAUACACAAGAAUCUGUCCUAGAUAAGUUAUGGGAUAUCAAUGUCAAAGCCUCAAUACUUCUUCUUCAGGAUGCAGCACCCCAUUUGACAAACCGAUCCUCAGUAGUUUUCAUCUCAUCAAUCACAGCUUUUCAACCUCCAGCAUCUAUGGGUAUGUAUGGAGUGACAAAAACCGCUCUUCUUGGACUUACAAAGGCAUUGUCAACUGAGAUGGCCCCAAAUACUCGUGUCAACUGUGUUGCUCCUGGUUUUGUACCUACCCGUUUUGCUGAUUUUAUCACUAGUAAUGAAUCAGUUCGGAAGGAUUUAGAAGAGAAGGCAGCACUUAAACGGCUUGGAACCACAGAAGACAUGGCUGCUGCAACUGCCUUUCUGGCUUCUGAUGAUGCCUCUUAUAUCACUGGAGAAACACUGGUGGUUGCUGGAGGACUUCCUUCUCGACUUUAGUGUAACUUAACUCUUUGUUGGCACAAUAUUUUGUAACUAUUCAUUGAUCUUUAGCCCCAAACGUCGGUUAUAGCAUUUUAUAAAGGAAUUUGGCAUUCAGUUUU